GACUUGUGCCCCUCUCCUCGCUUGCGCUCCUCCCAUUCCUAACCCCCUUCCCCUCUGUUCGUAGGCUCCUCUUGAAACCGUUUGAUACAUAAACCCGCUCUUUACACCCACCCCCCUCCGCAACCUGGUCGACACACACACACAAUUUGUUACGCUUCGUAUUAAAAAUGACAACUCGAUCCAGACUAGAUGCAUACAUAUCAUCAACACGCGACCGUGAUCUCUGCUGCUGCUGGAUACAUAGGCCGGUCAACAGCCUUAUCCUGUGGCUCUUGAUCCCCUCCUCCACACUUGCUGCAAAUUGCCAAUCGUAGUAGAACGCUCCACAUAUUCUGCUUAGAUCGCCUGCUACUCCUACUCGAUACUGGCUCAACCCCCUCAGUCCGUCUCACCGCUGCCCGUCAGCUCGGCCAAAUCGCGGCCCAGACCAUCCAACAUUCCUCGCCAUCUUUCGUUUCCUCCACAAGUCUUGCGCCCAACGUUGGCCCCUCGAUCACUCAGUCGGAAUGGCGCGGCGUCGAUGGGGAAUGGCAAGAAAUCGUCAAUCUGCUCAGUCGAAUUCUACCCUACCUUCGAUCAAAAAGCUGGGAGACCCGUCAGGCUGCCAGUGAAGCUGUCGACGCAAUCUGCAAGGCCGUUGGAAUCUGGGAUCCUUCUCCAACUGAAAUUCUCGAUGGCGCCGCUUCCAACCCAAACGAGAAACCUGCCUCGAGUAUCACUCACGACCUCGAGAACCAGAUUGCUCGACGCGAAAAUCUUCUCACCUACCAAAACUUCAAGCUGGAUAACGUCCUAAGUGAGGGUAUCAUCCUCCUCGCGUCAGCUGGCAAGGAGUUCGAUCAUCAAUCCAACCAUCUUCGCACAGGGGAAAACCUGAUAGCAGCCCAGCGUGAUGUGGCCAACAAGCUUGGGCUCGGUGGUUUGGGCCCGAUCGAUUUUGAAUCUAUGGGCGUGGAUGACCCAGUGCAAGAACAACAACUGAAAGAUCAACCUCAAGAUUCCUCGCAAGUCUCAACCCCGAAUCAUCAUCGGCCUCAGGGCAUCACUCCGAUUUCAAUUGAUCCUCGCCUGCCUCCACGUACUUACAGUGAAUCACAUCCAUCCAUCACACCCACCUCAGAGGCAGCGGGCCUCUCCACCCUUGGCCUAUCUCAGUCGCCUCGUUCCCAUGUCUUUCAUCAGCCCAGCCACUCAUCUUAUCCACCAGCCGACGAGAAUCUCACUAAUUCAGCCAAAUCAACACCCACCAUGAGAUUGCCUCAACUCCCAGCCACUGCACCCACUUCGGAGGCUGAACUGUCCUCCCAAACUUUGGAGGGGUUGUCGGCUCGUGAACGUAAUGCACUGAAGCGUAAGCGCAAAGCGAUCAGUAAAGGGAACACGGGGCCAGCAUGUUCAUCUAUAUCGAGCUCUGCCAACGCUGGAAUGUCCGCACUCCCCUCGAACGCUUCGGAACCUACGCAGACCCCGAAAUUUCGAAUUAUUGAGCAAACUUCCAUGUCAUCUGAUGAUCCUCAUAGACGUGUCGCCGUGCCUACAUCUCCAUCCGUACACUGCUCCGGCUCACAGGUUGCCCCUCACAACGAAAACCAAUCUGACAAUUCCAAGGCCGGGUCUCGUACUGAACCAACUACGAGUGACAAGGUGAUCAUUGAUCCAGGAGCCAAAGCCCAGGCUCGCAAGGCGGCCCUCGGUCAUUCUGGCUCACCCAGUGGUGGUGAAAUUAAUGCGGUUACCCCUUCUCACAAUACCAAUGCCCCCUUGCCUUAUAAGGCGGGUGAAUGGCCGUUUACACCAUUUGUUGAAAUUUUAAUGAUCGAUCUCUUUUCAUCCCAGUGGGAGUACCGUCAUGGCGCAGCGUUGAGUCUCAUUCCUUUGCUCAAGAUCCAAGGCUCUGGCGCAGCGAAAUCGGUGGGUGUUACCUGUUCACGAAAUGCGGAGCAGCACCAACUAUGGAUGGAAGAUAUUGGCCUCCGGUUAAUAUGUCUACUCAGCUUGGAUCGGUUUGGCGAUUAUGUAGGCGAUCAAGUGAUUGCCCCUGUUCGGGAGACUGCUGCUCAAGCUAUCAGUCUAGUGGGUCGAUAUCUGGAUCCAAAUGGAGUGAAGCAUAUGUUGUCUAUAUUUCACCAAAUGGUCGAACAGGAAAACGUUCGCUCUCAUUCUCAACGAGGUUACGCUUGGCAAGUCCGACACGCGGGGCUAUUAGGGAUGAAGUAUUUGGUUGCUGUCAAAAACGAAAUGCUUCGCGUCAAUCUCAAGGAAGAUCCUGAUCAUUCAAGCAUGAAAACCUCGAUCGAUAAUCCAACAGCGAAGCCAGACCCUCUGAAAGUCGAUGAGAAUAUGGAAGAUGCCAAACCGGUGGUCUCAAUGAAUCCCGACAGCACGAAUGACAUCAAGCCGACAAUCACACUGGAGCCUCGAUCGGAAUAUCUUGCUUCAGGCGAGCGGCAUGUGUCUGAUAGCGAAUCUUCUUCUGAUCGCUGGUCUGGUACUCAGCCUGUUGCACUCCUAUCGACAAUCACUUCAGCUGCUUUCACUGGAUUGAGGGAUCAAGAUGACGACGUCCGUGCUGCCGCUUCCGGGACAUUGUUACCGGUGACCGAUCUUAUUGUUGAACUUUUACCAACGAGGUUGAAUGAACUGCUUGAAGUGCUCUGGGAUGCCCUGGGUAGUUCCAAAGAUGAUCUCUCAAGUUCCGUGGGGAACAUAAUGGAUCUUUUGGCAAACCUUAUCACAUAUCCGACUGUUCUGGGCCAAUUAUCACUUGCGCUUGGCGGUCAUACUCUUCCUUCAUUAAUCCCACGUCUAUUCCCCUUUUUCCGACAUACCAUUUCUAGUGUCAGAUUAUCAGUCGUCAAAACGAUCCAUGUAUUUCUGAAAAUGCCCAAUCUGCCUGUGCGUGAAUGGGUCGAUGAACGUCUAUUACGCCUGACAUUUCAAAAUCUUUUGGUCGAAGAGCGGUCUGAUAUCCGUGCCAUGUCGCAUCAAGUAUGGAUUGCAGCAACUAGCGGGCUAUUGGACUCUACCCAAUCAGCAGACCUACUGCUGAGCUUUAUCCAACCUCACUUGAGCGGCUGGUUUGAAUUGAUGACAACUCCAAGAACACGCAAACUCAAUGCCUCCCUAUUCUAUACAGCGACUCGCCAUGCCCAACCCACCACUGCACAAGACUUAAACAUGGUUUACAAUGUCGACAAACCAAUCAUGUCACAAGAUUUAUCUUUAGUCUCCAUCGACGAUAUUCUGUGUGGAAGGUUAAGUGCAUCAAAAGCGAUCGGUUGUUUAAUGUCGCAAUUGACUCGGUUCAAUCAUCUCGAUUUGUUUACCAAGCCCUUACUGGAAUCAAUGACUUCUGAAUUCGCUCUUCCAAAGUUGUUUGCUUCAAUCACCCUUGAAAAUUGGGCUGAAGAGUAUCGUAUGACUAGCGACGAGCUCAAAACAGCCAACCUUGGUCAGUUGACCGCUAUACAGCCCCUGUCAAACCAGCUUCGGAAAUCUUCAUUAUUUGCAGGAACCAAGUCAAGCCAUGCCGAAUUGGACUCGCUUCUAGCCGGUACACGCAAAGAUAUCGAAGGUCUGCUCGCAACCUUCGCCAGUCUUGGCAAGGUACCUCCUGAGAAAAUCCCCCAGUUGCCUUCAGAUCCUUUUACGAUCGAGUACGCAUCGCACGUAGUCAACGAUGAUUAUCAGACGUUACUCCCAUUGUUAGGUCGAGGCAAUAAAAAGACGGCUCUAGCAAGUCUUGAGGACCGUAGGCGGAAGUUGUUGCAUGUCAUUGGCAUGUUUGAAAGGGACAAAGUCGCGUUCGAUACCCAACUAGAUGCAGCCGCUGCCGCCGCGGUUGUCGCACUUCGCGAAAUUCCUGGAAAAAUCUCGCCUGUUAUCAAGGGCUUCACUCAAAGUAUCAAGAACGAAACCGUGCUCGAGCUUCAAACACGUUCCGCCAAUGCCUUGGCUUCUUUUGUUGACAUCUGCACUUCCCCCGAGUCACCAGUCAAAAACGAUCCCACAGACAAAAUCAUUCGUAACUUAGCCACCUAUCUCUGUCAAGAUGAAUCUCAAACCCCAACUUUUGCAAAGAGUAAAGGCAACAAAGUGGGAAUUUUCUCCGCCGAGGAUAAUGGUAUCCGGCCUCCCACAAAGGGCGGUUCAACGCACCGAGAUAGCCCUGAAUCUGAGAGCGCUUCUUCCCAAGCUAAGCUGCUGAGGCGCGGGGCUGAACUUGCCCUGUCAUCGUUGGCUGCUAGAUUCGGCGAUAGCCUUAUCGAUCGGAUACCCAAGCUGUGGCAUUGCAUGUCUGAACCUUUGUUGACACUAUUCAGUUCAGGAGAUGUGGCUCAAGUAGACUCGAAGAUGGAAAACGAGGCAGUGGAACCGAAAUUGGCUCAAGAUCUACUGGACUGUCUUACCGUUCUACCUGCCGUUGCUAGUAGCUUACCCUCUUCAUCUCUCCCCCGUUUGGUUUUACUCUUCGAACCCCUGUGCCGUGCCGUUUCAAGCAAAUUUGCUGUUGUACGAUACUCGGUAGUGAAAUGUUACGCUGAAUUGUGCAAGUUCUUACCGGAAGAAGGAAUGCUUCACUUCAUCAACCACGUGUUACCUUUGGUCGGAGAUCCUGUCAAUCUUGCUCAUCGCCAAGGUGCAAUCGAGAUGCUCUCCAGAUUGGUCGAUGUGCUAAGUCUCAAGAUUUUGGCUUAUAUUAUCUUCUUGGUCGUACCCGUCCUGGGCCGGAUGAGUGACCCUGAUGAUGAUGUGCGCCACGUGGCUACUCAUACCUUCGCAUGUCUCAUCAAGUUGAUGCCCUUGGAAGCCGGUGUUCCAGAUCCCACCGGCUUUCCUGCUGAAAUGCUCGAAAAGCGUCAGUCCGAGCGUCAAUUUCUGUCGCAGCUGUUGGGUGGUAGUAAAAUCGAAGAAUACAAUAUACCCAUCAAGGUCAAAGCUGAUCUCAGAAAAUACCAACGUGAUGGAAUUAGUUGGCUGGCCUUCUUGGCAAAAUACCAGUUGCAUGGGAUCUUGUGUGACGAUAUGGGUCUCGGUAAAACAUUACAAUCAAUCUGCAUCCUCGCCAGCAAACAUCAUGAACGAGCUGAACUGCACGCACUCCAGCCGAGUCCUAGCACCGUCCAUCUACCUUCGCUCGUCGUUUGCCCCCCUACACUAACUGGACACUGGGCACAUGAAAUCCGCACCUACGCUCCCAAUCUAAAACCUCUGCUUUACGUCGGUGGCCCGCCAGAACGCUUAGUACUAUUGAAAAAGAUCAAGAAACAUGACGUAGUCAUCUUAUCGUACGAUAUCGUUCGGAAUGAUAUCGAACGUCUUUCAAAGUUCACGUGGAAUUACUGCAUCCUAGAUGAGGGGCACAUCAUUAAAAAUGCGAAAUCUAAGCUAUCACAAGCAGUGAAGCUUCUCAAGGCCAACCAUCGCCUCAUUCUCUCUGGAACGCCGAUUCAAAAUAAUGCUCUGGAGUUGUGGAGUUUAUUUGACUUCUUGAUGCCUGGAUUCCUAGGCACCGAGAAAUACUUCAAUGAACGGUUCGGGCGGCCGAUAAGUGCAAGUCGUGAUGCGAAAAGCUCGUCAAAGGAGCAAGAGGCGGGUGCACUAGCGCUUGAGGCUCUCCACAAACAAGUCUUACCUUUCCUCUUGCGACGGUUAAAGGAAGACGUACUGGACGACCUCCCUCCCAAAAUCAUUCAAGAUUACUACUGCGAGCUAUCACCCAUACAAAAACGUCUCUAUGAAGACUUCUCUAAUUCCCAAGCCAAAGUCGAAGCCGAAAGUUUGAUCAAAACAUCCCAACGCACCAAAGCUUCAGCUCAACAUGUCUUCCAAGCAUUACAGUAUCUCAAGAAGUUAGUCAAUCAUCCGUCCCUCGUCCUUCGGCCCGAUCUUCCACAACAUCAACCCAUCAUCUCGAAGUUAGGCCCCAAAGGUCUUCGUGAUAUCACCCAUGCACCCAAGCUCUUGGCCUUACGGCAAAUCCUGCGCGAUUGUGGCAUUGGCCUGACCACAUCGACCCACCUGAUCGAGACAGUUGCUGAUGAUGGGGGAGGGACGACAGCCAGUGGUGGGACGAUUCCUCAGCACCGAGUCUUGAUCUUUUGUCAAAUGAAGCAAAUGCUGGAUAUCAUCGAGCACGAUUUAUUCAAAUUGCAGAUGCCCAACGUCACCUAUAUGAGAAUGGAUGGCUCGACUGACGCUACCAAGAGACACGAUGUCGUCCAAACUUUCAAUUCUGAUCCCAGUAUCGACUGUCUCUUGUUGACUACUCAUGUUGGAGGCUUAGGCCUCAACCUGACCGGUGCAGAUACAGUCAUCUUUGUGGAACACGAUUGGAACCCAAUGAAAGAUUUGCAAGCUAUGGAUCGCGCCCAUCGGCUGGGACAAAAGAAGGUUGUGAACGUCUAUCGACUGAUUACCCGUGCUACCUUGGAGGAAAAGAUCAUGGGAUUACAACGAUUCAAGAUGAACAUUGCGACCUCGAUCGUCAACCAGCAAAACUCUAACCUGGCUUCACUGAACACCAAUGAGAUCUUAGACCUAUUCAACGUCUCAUCAACUGACACUGGCUCGAGUGAUCCGGGUCAAUCCGACCCAAGCAACAGUGGUCAUCAUGCUGGGAUCGAAGGUCAUGGGACGAAGUCGAAGAAUGUUCUCGAUGGCCUCGAGGAUCUUCCACCCGAGAGCGAAUACGAUUCCUUGGAUCCUGCCAAGUUCCUCAGCUCUCUCUAAUCGUCCCAUCGAUUUCGAUUUUGAUGGCUCUUUCUCUCGUGAUUGUGAGGAUGUCAACCAAUGUAGUUGGCUCUUGAGAGGCUGUGAAUUCAAGUUGUUUUGAUGCACAUAUUGCAAUGUCGUAUAUAUCUUGAUCCCCCCCAAAAAAUAGGAAGUGUAAUCAUCCCUCCAAUUAUACAUAGCUCCUCCUCAUCCUGUACGAUUCACCUUUGAUAUUGUUAUUAUCUUUUCUGAUUUGUUUUCUCUGUUUCUUACUCAUCAUCCAUUAUCAUCUUCUGUAUGUACACUGGCCAUUGAUGAAGACAAUAUGCAGAAAACCUUGUCUUUUUUUUCUUCUAAUUUUGCAGUUAAUUUUUAAUGAUCAUAAAAUACAUUUAUUUACAUACACAAUUUAAUCUUUGUUGACAUCUUCCAUAGAUUCCUGCAAACAUAAAGCAUAAUUACCCUCUUAGAUGUAUGGACAGUUUCUUAAGUUGGCUGUUCCUUCAAGAAAAACUGGAAUAUAAAUCCAAACAGAUAUGGAAACAUGUAGUUCUCUUUCAUGAAGUGG